GGGAGCACGAGGUCCGCGCCGGCAACCUCCGGGACCCCCGGGCCCCGCAGCUCCGGUCGAAGGAGCGGGCAGCUGGGCAGCCCCUCUGCCCCCCGUGCACCCGCUGUCCUGUAUGCCCACACCUGUACAGCCGGGCCCCACGCCAGGUGCUGUGAUCGGGUGGCUCUGAAUUAUUUAGCGGAGGUGAAGGUUUCACGGUGGGCAGAUGGCACGGAGCUCGGUGACCCGACCCGGGCAGCAGCCGGGACUGAGCCCAAUCCACCAGCUCAGGCCUCAGGCACCUCGAGGAAUGGGGCACCCACAGCUCUGGGCAGUGCCAGGGCCUCACCGCCCCCUCAGUGAAGAAUUUCUUCCUAAUGUCUAACCUCAGUUUCCUUUCUUUUAGUUUAAAGCUGUUCCCCCUUGUCCUACCACGAUCAGGCUGCGUACAAAGCUGCUCUCCUCCUGUUUACAGCCACGGAGCUGCCGCAGGAGGGCAGUUCCAAAACCUGGGCACGAAUUGGGCGCUCGGGGGGCACCGUGCUGAAGGAGGCGAGGGGCAGCACCAGACCUCGUCCCGUCGUGGUCAGUGCCCAGGGGCCGUGCCCAGGGCCAGGCCGAGGAAACCCGAACCUUUCACCCGCCUGAAAUAUUCAUAGCACCAUGAAUACUUAAAACCCCGGGCUGCACGGCACGGUGCGCUCUGACAGCAGCUCAAGUGUUGCGGCCCUCGGCCCUCCCCGCGCGGCCGCUCCGUUCCGCGAAGCGCGGCCCCGACGCUUUUUGUCCCUCGGCGGCGUCCGUACUCGUUGCCAUGGCGACGCGCGGCGGCCGUCGCGGCCUAUAAGGGUGGGCCAUGGCGCUAUGGCGGACGGUGCAGGGCCGGGCCUUGGAGCGGCGGCGGGAGCAGGAGGCGCGGAACCGGUUGCAGUGGGAGAGCUACAGCCGCUCGUUCGCCCGCGCCGCGCUCUGCUGCUCCGCCCAGGCCCGGUGGAGCGCGCCGCGGCCUGUGCGCGGCCCGAGGGGGGGGCCGUGCUGCGUUAAGGGGUGCGCGGCCGCGUACACUGGCACUGCUCUCUGCACCCAGGUCGCCGAGCAGCUGCUGCACGAGCACUGGAGACAGAACAGCGCCGAGCUCCGGGAGGCAGAGUCAGAGCUGCACAAGAAGCAUGUGGUGGAAGCCUGGGGUGAGCAGCUGAAGCAAAAGCAGCAGCAAGAAGCAACUGAACGAGAAGAGAGAAAGCGCUACGAAAAUGAGUAUGAAAUUGCGCGAAGGGAAGCUCUGGAAAGAAUAAAACAAGAGGAAGAGAAGCGUCGGCUGGAAGAGAAGAAGCAAGCAGAGAUGUUGCUCCAACAGAUAGAAGAACUGAAAUUACGGGAGACAGAGGCAACAAAGCUGAAAAAAGAACAAGAGAAUUUAUUAAAGCAGCAGUGGGAGCUGGAAAGCUUGGAAGAAGAAAGAAAACAAAUGGAAGAGCACCGGAAGAAGACUGAGCUUGGUCGCUUUUUGAGGCAUCAGUGUAAUGCCCAGUUAAGGAGACGAGCCCAGCAGAUACAGGAGGAGCUGGAAACAGACAGACAAAUCUUAUUAGCCCUCCUGGAGAAAGAAGACGAGGAUCAGCGCCGCCAGUCUGCAAGACGAGAGCAAGCUGUUGCAGACGUUGCCUGGAUGAAACGUGUCAUUGAGGAGCAGCUGCAGUUAGAAAAGGAGAGGGAGGCAGAGCUACAGAUUAUUUUUAGAGAAGAAGCUAGAAAAGUGUGGGAGAAGAGGGAAGAAGAAUGGGAAAGAGAGAAGAUGGCCAGAGAUCGCCUGAUGAAUGAGGUCCUUGCAGGCAGGCAGCGCCAGAUCCAGGAGAAGAUGGAGUUGAACAGGCGGGCCCAAGAAGAGUCUAUAAAGCAUCGGGAGCAACUGAUUAAAGAACUUGAGGAGGCAAAAGAACUGACAAGGCGAGAGAGAGAGCAAGAGGAGGAACUGAAGACAGCUCGCAGACGGGAAUUGGAAGCUCAGCUGACAGAACGGCGCCUACAAGAACAAGAGGAGCAGGAGCGCCAGAGAGAGGAGGAGGAAGAGGAGAGAUCGAACAAGGAGCGCUGUGCAGAGUUGGUGCGGCAGGAGGCCGAGCGCAUGGCUGAGCAGGGCCAUGGCAGCAGGCUCCACGGUUACCCAAAAGCAGCGUGGACCUGAAGACUACCGUCCUUCAAAGCUGAGGAAUGAGCACAAAAUGAAGUUGCAGACAACAAGAAAGGACAUUCUGAAGAAUCAAGGAACUCCUGAAAUAAUUAUGGUUUUCAAUUAGCCUACAAUGAUGCCAAGACUCAGCUCAGAAGUCACAUUUCUGAAAAUAUUUGGCUGUGACACAGCUGAACACAAGAUCAGUUUUCUACUGGCUUUAAUAAAUCCGGAGGUUUGAACAUGCUUGGAGGACUCCACCCUGAACUGCUUCACUUACUCCAUGUUCAGGAGACGUGAUACGUUCUAGUAAGUGCUACGCUGGGUCAAAACAGCAAAGGAAUUAAACUUGUGCUUUGGACCUAAAACGUGGAAGAACCUGUGCCUCCUGUGGAACAGGAACUGUGAGCCUCUAGCUGCUGUUUUCUAUUUAAGCUUUAGAAGCCCCAUUCCCACCUCUGGAGCAGGACAUGCCUGGAAGCCCCAGCUGUCUUUUAAGGGUUGCUUCAAGAUACGUAUCACAAAUCAGUACGAUAGAUAACGUGGCAGUAAUUGCUAAUGUAUCCAGUUCCUCUCCAGAACGUGUUGAAGGCUUCCAUAAACUUUGCUCUUUUUUUUUUCCCCUCACUUGUUUCACAAUGAAUAAUUAUAAGCUGAACACGUGUUAGCUUCUUCUUAGUUUCAAGUUGCUGCAAUGCAGAAGGCGAGGGGAGUUUCAGCUGCUGAUUACACUUGAUUCUCAACUCCUCUCAGAGAUGUAAACUGAAACCUACAAUGAAACUCAGCGUUACCCAGCUUUGGAAAUCAGCUCUUCAGUGGAAUUGCAUCCAUGUUGCUGCAAAUGUGAGGGUGCCUUGAAGAUGACAGAAAAAUUCCAUAGGAAACUUAAAAAUGAGUUGCUAAGCCAGAAACAAAGGAUAAUAUUUUAACCACUAAUGCCCUAAAGUAACAUCAAACAUACAUAUUAAUGGCAUAGUGACAACUAAAAGAAAUAACUAUUCAAACUCCUUCCAAAACAGAUAAAGUGACAAAGACCUUGUAUAGUUACAUGUAGCAAGCUCGGAUGCUCACAGCUACUAUUGUUUCAGCAGACUAACAACAUACUAUUAUUGCACAACAGUUGAUAUGGGAACAGUUUGGCUUGUACUCCAUCACCAGGAGUGCAAGCAUCCUGCUGCUGGGCAGCAGCUGUGCUCCUGGAGCCUUCAGAGCCUGCUUCACUGCAGGUUUCUCCAUCAGCAGCAGCACUGCACGCGAGGCUCCAGGAUGGACAGAGCAAGGGUGAGAUUCUGCCCUCUGAUAUGUGCAGUUGACUUCGGUGGGGAUUUGGCAAGCAGUAUCUGAAAGCAGCAAGUGGCCCCAAGGAAACAUCUAGCAAGAGCUUGAUACAAUGCUGGUACGUGAUAUUGGCUCAAGAGCUAUUUGCAGCAUGCUAUUAUCUGUAACUAAACUGGCAACACAGGCACAAAAUAAGGCAGUGGGUUAAAUUAAUCAUUAAAAUUGUUAGAAAACAUGCAAAAAUAAUACUGAGUUUAGAAAAAAAAAAACAAAACGUUUCUUGCCCCUUUAGUUUUUUU